AUGACCACCGAGCAGAUCACGCAAGGCGUAGCAAAUGCUUCUCUUGAAGCAUCGGUCGCUGCUGCCAAUGAGCAAAGAGUCACCCCCUGGGACGUCGAGGGCGCUACCGUUGACGGCCAGCAGGUUGCUAUCGACUAUGACAAGCUCGUCAAGGAAUUCGGCACGCGCAAGAUCGACGCAGAGUUGCUCGAGCGCUUUGAACGAUUGACUGGCUGGAAGCCACAUCCUCUGCUGCGACGCGGCAGCUUCUUCUCGCACCGCGAGCUUGACAAGAUCCUCGACCGCUACGAACAGGGCAAGCCGUUCUACCUCUACACCGGUCGAGGUCCCAGCUCGGAUUCGAUGCACUUGGGACACUUGAUCCCCUUCCUCUUCACAAAGUGGCUGCAAGAUGUGUUCGACUGCCCUUUGGUGAUCCAGCUCACGGACGAUGAGAAGUUCCUCUUCAAACCGGCGCUCAAGAUCGAGCAGGUCAAGGAUUUUGCCUUCAAGAACGCGCGCGACAUUAUCGCCUGCGGGUUCAAGCUCGAGAAAACUUUCAUCUUCUCCAAUCUCGAUUACGUCGGUGGAGCCUUCUACGCCAACAUUGUGCGCAUCUCGCGCAUGAUCACCAUCAACCAGUCCAAAGGCACGUUCGGGUUCACGGACAGCGACAGCGUCGGCAAGGCCCACUUUGUCUCCAUCCAGGCAGCGCCAUCGUUCUCCAACUCGUUCCCUCAAAUCUUUGGCGAGAAGCACGACAUCCCAUGCCUCAUCCCGUGCGCCAUCGACCAGGACCCGUACUUCCGCCAGACGCGCGACGUCGCUUCACGUCUCAAGUAUCCUAAGCCGUGUCUGAUCCACUCCAAGUUCUUCCCGGCGCUGCAGGGCAGCCAGACAAAGAUGUCGGCAUCUAACGAGAAUUCUAGCAUCUUCAUGCACGACACGCCCAACCAGAUCAAGAGCAAGAUCAACAAGCACGCAUUCUCGGGCGGGCAGGAGACCGCGGAAGAGCAGCGCAGACUGGGUGGCGACCCUGACGUUGAUGUCGCCUUCCAGUACCUCACUUUCUUCUUGGACGACGAUGCGGAGAUCGAACAGAUCGCAAAGGAUUACAGAUCGGGCGCGCUGCUGACCGGUGAGCUCAAGAAGAAGUGCAUCACUGUGAUCCAGAAGGUCGUGAGCAAUUUCCAGGAGAAGAAGGCCAAGGUGACGGAUGAAUUGGUGAAAGAAUUUAUGAACAAGGAGCGGAAGAUCGACGCUGCUAUGCCUGCCGCUGGUUCGACUGCAGGAUCACAGAAGGAGCUGUCCAAGGAUACCGUCGUUACUUCGACGGUUGCUUAG